AUGAUAUCCCGACAAAUGAAAGGGGUGGUCGAUGGGGGAAUUGACGUUCCUCACAGCGAAACUCGCUUCUUUGGCUAUGACUCUGAGAACAAAAAGUACAAUGCUGAAGCUCAUCGUGACCGUAUCUUCGGCAAACAUGUCGCGGACUACAUGACUAAGCUGAAGAAGGAAGAUCCGGAGGCAUAUAAUCGUCAAUUUUCACAAUUCAUUGCCAAUGGAGUUGAACCUGAACAUCUGGAAAAGAUGUACAAAAAUGCUCAUGAAGCAAUUCGUCGUAAUCCGGACCACAUUACCAACCCGAAGAAGCCGAUUGCGAAGCCAAAAGAUUACCAUAAUUACAAAAUCGGUCUGAGUGAGCGAAAGAAGCGCAUUGAGGAAAAGAAGCAGCUUUUGUUGCUGCUCAAAGAACAGCAAAAUACUUACAGCCCAUAAAUUAGUCCAAUGUUGUUAUUGUUCGUGAAUAAAGUCGUU